AACACAUCCAGGCUCCAGUUACAGUGCAGCUGCGGAGGGAAGGCAGGCGAGAUACAUGAGACAAAAACAAAGAACGACUAACUGGAGAAAGAGACUCGGGUAUGAGUGCUUAUGAAGAUGAGUUAAAAAGCACACAGCAGGAGAAGUGUAGGGAAGAGGAAGGAGAGAGGGAGAGAGAGAGAGGAUGACGCUCCAGUAGAAGGUGGCUACAGUAGGCAGUGGGCGUGUUCUUGUUGUUGUGAUCUAUAGUUGGGAAGCCCGGUGUCAUCUGCUUAAGCACAGACCAACUGUACAGACCUGUGCGGACGAGCGGGGCAGAAGAAACCGGCAGGGAAUGCCAUCCCUGGACACGCACACCACACUGCUUUACCUCACUGGCACUGUGGAUUCUUUGCACCUGUGCGACACUCUGAGACAUUUUGUGCAUUUGGACAUAUCAAAGCAGAAGGAGAGACAAUCUGGGAAAGAAGAAGCAUUAGAGAGACUGAGCGCCUGGUCUGCAACUGCAAAGGGGAGUUUGAUGUGAGAGCGUUUGAGAGUGUGUGUUUGUGUCAUGCUUGCGGUUGCGGGUGCGGUCUGUUGCUACGCUGCGUCUCCCUUCUUCUGUCUCUAGCAUGUGCAGAUGUGUGGAGCAGUGAAGCUGGCACCUGGCUAGGAGUUUGGCACUAUCUGGACUGGAGGGGUCGCAUCUCCCUUUUCUGCCCAGGGGGAGGGAGUGUUGGGCCGGGCACCCAAUGGCCCAGCUCCCCUCUAGCACCAGCCUUAUCCUGGGUCACAGGGACUCCUUCUAGCAAGUCAAUCAGUUGGAACGUACAAUGGAUGGAAGUCUAUGUGGAUUUAAGUGGAUUAGUGCAUGGGUGCUCCAGCAUAGGUCAGAGUUCACUAGUGUGCACUGGACUCAUCAGGGGAAGACAGAAGACACGUUGGUCCACAAACCAGCAGGGACACAGCCCCAUUAAUGCUGUGGAAACACUUGAAGAAUGAUGAGCUCCAAAGAGGAGGAAACUCUCCGUUUUUUCCAGUAUGUUGAGGAGAAUGGGCUGAGAGCCUACAACGGCCUGGUAGCACAGAACUUGGACCACGCCAGGAAUGAGAGAAAUAGGACAUUCCUGCAGGAGAAAAACGACAAGAAGAGAAAACAGGAGGAAGCCAUAAGGAGGACAGGUGAGGACAUCGCAACUGAAGGCAAGCACUUACGAAUGGGCUCCAUCACCAUGCCGGACCCCCAGGAACGCAUGCCCAUGCCCCACCCGCACGCCCUCGCCUGCGGGCAGGGCUUCUCCGUACGCUCCCAGUCCCUCCACUCUGUCGGCGGUGGGAACAGUGGUGGCGGAGGAGAGGAGGAAGUGGGAAGCCCGACCUCUAGGAAGCAACCCCCACCCAAGCCCAGGAGGGACCCGGCCACGAAGCUGAGCAUGUCGUCUGAGGCGGUGGACCACAGUCCCACGUCCACCUGCCGCGGGGAGAGAUGUGACGCAGCUCAAGGAUGCAGUGAGGACUGCAGGAGGGUGCCGCCACCCAAACCUAAGAGGAACCCCAACACACAACUGAGUGUUUCCUUCGAUGAGUCCUACAUCAAGAGCCACGGAGGCGGCGGUGUUUGCCCCUCCAGACCCUCCCCCUGCGAACGCAACGCCUCGCCUCCACAGAGCGACGAGAGCCCUACAGACGACUGUGAAGAUGAACCAGUCUACAUAGAAAUGGGUGGGAUUGACGUCGGAGCAAGGGAACCCUUGAAGAGUGAGGAUGAGGAGCCGGGAGAGUCUGUGUACGAGGAGAUGAAGUACCCAGCUCUGGAUGAUAUGGAGUACCGCACUGACCCUGUGGGGUGUCGCUCCGCGUGCCCCACCCCGGCACCCUAUGACCCUGAACCUCUCAGUCGUUGCUCCACACCUCGAAACAUUCCACUCUGUGACAUUCCCGCACCCUUUCCCAAUCUGCUCACCCAUCGGCCUCCGCUGCUGGUGUUCCCACCGGCACCAGCCCAGUGCUCACCCAACUCGGACGAGUCUCCCCUCACCCCUCUAGAUGUAGCCAAAUUGCCCAUGCUGGAGAACCAAUCCUACAGCAAAUCUCCAACAUCCUCCACUGAGCCACCCUCCUCUGCACACAUCCGCAGGGAGCUCACUGCCACCCCAACCCUCACCGUCUCCGGCCGCUCCUCUGCACCUCCUCUACCUUGUACCCUCUACAAAUCCUCCUCCUCGACCUCCUAUCAGCGCAGCCACUCUGCUUGCCCAUCGCCAGUCAGCAUGGGCCGCUGUCUCACCCCUCUCAGCCUCAUGCGUACACCUCCCUUUGACACUCCAAUGCCAUUCCCCGGGGGUCUGCCACGGAGCGCCUCUGCCACCCCUCAUGGCAAAGGCUCGCCACCUCAAGACGGUGUGGGUCGACACCAUGGCUCUAUGCAGAAUGUGUCAACAGGGCGUUCACGGACACCAACCAGCCCACUGGACGAACUAACCAACCUGUUCACAACUGGCAGGAACAUGCUGAAGAAAAAUGCCAGCGGAAGGAAGUCGAAAGAGCCGGGAGAGACUGAGUCCAAAAGCAAGUCUCACAGCGAGUCCAAGCGCGAGGGUAAGGAGCGCCACAGCCACAGUCACAGUCACAGCAAGGAGUCCAAGCGGGACUCCAAGGAUCGCCACAGCAAAGAGUCUUCUCACCGGAGAGAUAGAGACAAAGACAAAGACAGAGACAAAGAUAAAGACAGAGACAAAGAUAAAGAUAAAGAAAGGGGGAGCAGCAAUGUAGAGCCACUGCCCCACAGACGCAACAGUAAAGACCGUACUUACAGCGGUGCAGAUGCACCACCUGUUCGCAGAGAUAGCAGGGACCAGGGCUGCAGCAGUGUGGAGCCCAUCCCAUUGAUAAGAAGAGACUCCAAGGACAGGGGGCUCAGCAAUGGUGACCUGAUGCUGAGGAGAGACAGCAAAGAUCGGGGAGGGGGCCAUGGAAUGGAGCCUUUGUUGAGACAGGACAGCAAAGACAGAGAGAGACUGCUAGAUCAGCCGCCUGAGCUGUUACCAAGACAAGACAGCAAGGAACGGGCAAGAAACGGUGUAGACUGUAGACCUGAGAGCAGAGACAGACUGCUGGAUCAGCCACCUGAACUCUUACCGCGACAGGAUAGCAAAGAGAGGGCCAGGAACGGUGUGGACUCAAAGCAUGAAAGCAGAGACAGGCCACCUGAGCUUCUCCCCCGACAAGAGAGCAAAGACAGAGCUAGAACUGGAACAGAAUACAGGCAUGACAGCAAAGACCACCGUCCUGAUUUGUUACCCCAACAGGAUAACAAAGAGAGAGCAAGAAACGACGUAGAACAUAGACAUGAAGGUAGAAUAGACCAGCCGCCUGAGAUCUUACCCCGACAAGAAACAUCCAGAAACAGCAACAGCAAGGACAGGGUGGGCUACAACACUGAAUCCAAGCAUGAAGGGAGAGAUCGGAGCUGCCACAACGGGGGAGAUCUCCCUCCUCCUCCUCUGCCCAGGCAGGACAGUAAAGACCUGAGCAGGACUGGACUCGAAGCGAGACGGGACAGCAAGGACAGAAGCCUGAAUGGCUCAGAGCAGCAUCAUUACGAUGUCAAGAGCACCAAGAGCCCGUCUGCAAUGGAGUAUAGAUGUGAUAGCAAAGAACGAGGAUACAGAUCAGAUGGCACGCCCAGACGAGACAACAGAGCCAAUUACAGCACCGAUCAAUCAAAAGCACAAGAAAGGAAUGGCAGCACAGUGUCAGGGCAGCACUCAUCCACGACGACACCUACUCACCACGGGAGAUCAUCUGGUAGCCCACCGAUGACCAUGGGAACAGGAAAUGAUCUGAAAGCAGCAGCUAAAUACGGCCGCUCACCUUCUAUGCCUGCAAACCCGUCCCCGAUGGGAACACCACAAAGGAAAGCAGCUGAGACACAUCAGAGUCAGAUGCCCCAGAUGCCAUGGAUCUGCGGAGACACCACCAUGCUGGAACAGAUCGAGAGGAAACGCACCCUCUGCAUGGAGAUCCGCUCCAGGCAACAUCCGCACCUGCAGAGGUCUCUGGAGAGGCCUCCUCCUCCGGACAGGAACGAGGAGCGGCACCAGGAGAGGAGUCAGUGCAAGCAAGAAAGUGCAUCCGUCCUCCCAGGCUGGGGGAAAAGCAGCGGGGCCAAAAAGAUCCGUCCUCCCCCUUACCCUACACAGAAAACCGUAUUCUGGGACACGGCCAUCUGA